UGUAACUCCUUGUACGUUGUUGAGACAGACUGAUAAGUACAACAAAAACUGAAAACUCUUUUGAUCCCCACUACGAGCGUGAGCGCUCCUCCUUAAGCGGUCGUGUUGUUUAUGGGACUGGUGAGACACUUGUGAAAAAUGGACGAGAUACACAAAGAGAAAGCAAAGACGGACACUGGGUGGAAAAAUACACAAUGAAAUGGCAAAAAGAAUCGGAUCGGUGUCUUCUGCUGACUACUUUCUCACAAUGGACCAUUCGAUUAAACAAUCUGGUUCCAGUUUUAGUCCAAGUAUAAUAAUCGCCUAGGACUCCUAAAACACAUUGCCUUACAGCAACAUCACAACUAGAGGACAAAAUGGUCGUGCAAGGACAAGGCGCGUAUCCAACGGCGCUGUCUGCGGCGCCAACGCUACUUGAGGAAUCGAGUAGAAAAGGAGGAGGAGCAACAGCCAAGCAAGGAGCAUCAAGGCAACAGCAAGAAGAGCCGUCAAGAACGCCGAUGUUUUUACCUGUCCCUCCUCUGCGUCCCAACUCACAGCACACAUCAAGCCCUGAAGAUGCUCACAUCACACAGAAUCAGAAUGCAUCUUCUUUCACGAGGACCUCCUCAAACACAUACGCAGCAGCCUUCAGACGUCGAUCGAGUGUCAUGUUCGAUAUGUUGCGUCGCAGUUCAGUGGCAGAGCUCUUCUCCUCUCCGCCACAUGAGACACUACAAAGACUUACGGAGUUCAUACGGAAAGCUGACUCUACGUUGAGGGCUACUGGGAAGGUCAUUAGUAGUAAGUAAGUACUUAUUUUGGCAGACACGGCUUUUGCUUGGGUAGUAACAAGAAUCCUCUGGAGAAGACAUAAAAAUAUACCUUCCUUCGUUGUAACAAAUACAAACAUGUGACCAUCUUUAGGAGGUGGAAUCUAUAAUCCUCAAACUGAUUCCCUCCAUUCAGGUCUGGCGUUCUUCCCUCACUGCCGACGACCUCCACACCUUGCGAUUGAUCCAGAUUUUCUUUUUCGGGAACCACGUGUUACCCGUUGUCUACUACUACCUCUUCGACAAGCAGCCGAAAUUUCCUGCUACCAUCAGUCAUAAUCUCCGCAACGGUUGGCCCAAGCUGAUGAACCAUGUCUUCUUCUUCAUGGCUUGGCUCUACUUGAUGCCCUUUGUGGGGAGGCGGAUUGAGGUAGAUCAAUUGCUAGCGAUGAGCAGGUCGAAGAAGGAAGUUACUGGUCGUGGAGGCGCUUCAUCUUCAACAAGAACACCCUCUUUCGCGGAAUACUGUAGAAGUGCUGUGGCUUUUAUGGCAGCUAUGCGGACGUAUUUGUCUUCGAAAAUGAAAGACCUGGCAACUACAUCUUCUCAGCGGAUGCUCGCAGACGAUAGGAACUUCUACCAAGAAGACUCAGUGUCGGAGCAAAACUUUCCUGGUGCAGCACCUGCACGACCUAGCAACGACUCAGUCGCAUCACUGCGCAGUAAUCGCGGUGUGUGUCUGCGCUUACGAGACUUGGUGAGUCUGUCGUCUUCGUCUUUGAGUGAUGUCACUGACCCGGAGAGUGAAUGUACUCACACGACAGUCGACCACGGAGAGGGCCACGACGAGGAGGAAAUUGAAGAGCACAAAAACGUCAACGUGAACAAUCAUCCUCGCUCUGCAGCAGCACUCCUGUCUUCACCUUGCGGCUCCGAUGCUACUAGGAGGCAGACAACAAGGGAUCAUAUUGCUGAACAUGAGGUAGACGAGGAGACUGUGAAGAAAGGGGAAUCUGGCGAAGAAGCAGCGACAAAUUCUACAACGUCGUCUAGCACCAAACCCGAACAACAAGAACAGAUAGUUGACCAACAGCAACUACAACAGGAUCAAGAAGCCACAAAAGCUUUUGCGGAAAAAUGGAAGAAUGUGUUUGCAGAUUGUCUUCUCGAUAGCGAUCCUGAAGUUGCGCAUAAACUGGCUUCCUCUUUCGUCGACAAAGUCGCAAAAGUUUACUCGGUGUUUUUGGCUUUGCGACGUGGUGGGAUGAAAGAUGGGACUACAUCGAGGAUAGCAGAAUUGAAGAAACUGCUACUAGAAGAAGACCCUCCUUCUGCUCUUCACACUAGUGCUAGCAUACCACCAGCAACAUCAGGUCCAGCUAGUGCUAGCAUACCACCAGCAACAUCAGGUCCAGUCCAGGACAAAACCCAACUACUAAGUUAAGGCUGUACCUAAUACAUCUUUGGACGCAUCCUUGAAACGUAUGGAGGAGUAUCCACCUAAGGGAAUAACUCUCUCCUCCAUACUUAUUUUCAAGGAUGCACUUGAAAGAUGAACUUCGGACAGCUCUAACUAAAAACCACCACGACAGCACCCCAAUCUUCUCCUCUUCUUCAAGAACAUUUGGAUCGACUCCGCAGUGCACGUGUCCAAUUCGCACGCAUGAUUUUAGCCUGCUCCUUUCUCUGUCUAGCCGUUUUCAGACUGGGUGGCGGUCGCAGAUGGGGUAAGGUCCCUCUGCACGUGUGGAAUAUGUUCCACUACUUCUUUGCGGGAGGGUACAUGACGACUCUACACUUGUCGUCGCUGUAUGUUUGGUCGCAGACGCCGUUUUAUUAAGACUCGAUCAUGUGUACUACUACCACCUGCUACUAGGUCCGACAAUGUUCCUGAACAGGGUGAAACAGGAGGAGGAGGCCUUAUAGUUAUUAAGUGUCAAAAAUUGAAAUUCUUUCUCCAACAUAUCUAGGCCUCUCCAACAUAUCUAGGCAACUUCGAAUCUAUAUCUAGGCCUCAUUCUAAUCCCGUCGUCGUUGGUUCGUCCUCAGCGCAGCUGGCUUAGCCACUUCAAUCACGUGGAUGUCAGCGAUAAAAGCAAGGAUCGGCAUGGACCCGUUGGAUGAGGAAUAUGGGUUUCACGUUUUGAUUCGUGAUAGAAUGCUACUUUCUGCUGGUGCUGGUGGAGGGAGCCCUUCAAACCAGAUCUUAAGGCUUCAACAAAAAAGUCACCUUAAAUUCUUACGAAGCAUUCUUGAGCUUGACGUAUUAAUUUUCAGGGGGGAUAUUUAUGCUCAAAGAUGCGUUCCGUGAUGAAUUAUAUAAUCGGUAAAAAUGUCUAAAAAUAAUCCCUGGAGGUGCUGCGUUCCUACGUCGGCAAUUGCGGUUAUUGUGGUGGGUCGAGCUGCUAGUGCAAUUGUCGGAGAACUCGCUUUUCAUCGCUUUUGUUGCGGGACUGCGGAGUGGCCUGAAGGAGCACUGCGUCAACGUGGAGCCAGUGGAUUUGGAGAAAAGAAAAAAUAAGAAUGAUCAUUUAAAACUCGUUGUGGAGGGCAAAAGGCUUGAGAAGGGUGCAAGUGAAUGA